CCGGGUUUCGUCACUGCACGUGGAAGACGGAAGAGAGUUCAGUCUAAACUGCGCGCGCGUCCGUCUGCGUGUUGAACGGAACGAUGAGAACCGACAUGAUCAAAAACAGUACUGCGUGUGUGCUGCAGUCUGUUUCUCUGCAGUCACCGGUGGGAGAGCUUCUGCUGAGCGGCUGCGAGAAAGGAGUUCACACCAUCACCAUCACCAUGGAAACGGCACACAGUGCAGUACGCUGUGCUGAUGUUGAGCUGAACGCAGAGCUGCAGCGGUGUGUUUUGUGGUUGCAGAGUUACUUCAGUUCUGCCCACUCUGUGACAUCACUCACCCCUCCAGCCAUACACCACCCUCUGCUACACACAGACUCCUUCAGUGCGCGGGUGUUGCGGACACUGCAGGAUCGCGUCUCUGUGGGUCAGACUGUGUCCUACAGGCAGCUGGCAGAAAUGGCAGGAAAUAAGCGGGCAGUGAGAGCGGUGGGCGGAGCCAUGAGGAGGAAUCCGGUUCCUCUCGUCAUUCCAUGUCAUCGUGUGCUGUGCAGCUCUGGGGCGAUCGGUGGGUUUAUGGGAGGAAAAGGAACUGAGAUAAAGCGCUGGCUGCUGCAGCACGAGAAUCCAGACCAUGUUAAAACACCUUAAAACGGGUCAAAUCCAGAUUAUAGUUAAGUGAAGCUGUAAUCCAGAAAUGCCUGAAAGAAUGAAUAUUUGAUCAUCUUUAAUCUGCCUUGGUUGAUGUUCAUGUUAAUUCACUCGUUCUUAUUGAACUGCUGUUGCAUGUAAGUUUAAUGCUGUUAAAAUCCAACAGCAGCCUAAACCUGCUAAAGCCUUCAAACUCCCACACUGGACACAGCCUGCUGAUAUUGGACACAGUAUGCUGGUCAGUGUAGGGGACAGUCUGAUGUCUGAUGAUGUCAGCUCUGAUGAUGUCAGCUCAGUGUGCAGCAGUGUUAGCGUGUAGCAAUGUUCUUUACAAAGGAUCAAAAAGAAUCUGUUCAGGUUUAUAUAGUUUUGUUUGGAAUUCCUGGAACAGAACAGAACAGAAAAAACACACAGUGCGCAUUUGUGAAAAUUCCAGUGUAGUGACAUCACUGAUAAAGACUGAUAAUCACUGGUAAUCACUGUUUAAUUGCUCAGAGAGGUUCUGUGAUUAAUUUUGUUUUUCUGUAAUACAUUAAAGAUAUACAUUGUUGGAUAUUCAUACAAAAAAAAGUUAUGUUAUCAUUUAUACCACUUUAUUAGAGAAAUAAAAAUGGUUUUGUAGACAGUG